UGCGCGGACUGAGGAACAGCGCCACUCCUCCCUCCGGAGCUGCGAGGACACAACCAGCACCUCCACUCAUCUGUCGGGACAGCUGCAAGGGCUGCGGAGUUUGCCCUCCUUUUUUCUUUUCCAUCAUGGCUGACCACCUUUUACACUACAGUGACUCCGCAGGGGUCGGAAACCGGUUCGCCCGCAAAGGUGCCUUGCGCCAGAAAAACGUGCACGAAGUGAAAAACCACAAAUUCACCGCGAGGUUUUUCAAGCAGCCGACCUUCUGCAGCCACUGCACGGACUUCAUCUGGGGAUUUGGGAAACAAGGAUUUCAAUGCCAAGUGUGUUGUUUUGUGGUUCACAAACGCUGCCAUGAGUUUGUCACCUUCUCCUGUCCCGGAGCCGACAAGGGCCCCGACACAGACGACCCCAGAAGCAAGCACAAGUUCAAGAUCCACUCGUACGGCAGUCCCACCUUCUGCGACCACUGUGGUUCGCUGCUGUACGGCCUCAUCCACCAGGGGAUGAAAUGUGACACCUGUGACAUGAACGUGCACAAGGUGUGUGUGGUCAACGUGCCGAGCUUGUGUGGGAUGGACCACACAGAGCGCCGGGGUCGUCUCUUCCUCAAGAUCGAGGUCAGCGGGGACAGGCUACACGUCACAGUGGGUGAAGCCAGGAACCUGAUUCCGAUGGAUCCAAACGGUUUAUCAGACCCGUAUGUCAAACUCAAGCUCAUCCCAGACCCAAAGAAUGAAACCAAACAGAAGACCAGGACCAUCCGCUCGUCUCUCAACCCCCACUGGAACGAGUCCUUCAGCUUUAAGCUGAAAGCGUCAGAUAAGGACCGCCGUCUGUCCAUCGAGGCGUGGGACUGGGACCGGACCACCAGGAAUGACUUCAUGGGCUCCAUGUCGUUUGGAGUGUCCGAGCUCAUCAAAGCUCCCACGUGUGGAUGGUACAAGCUGCUGAACCAGGAGGAGGGGGAGUACUACAACGUGCCCAUCCCCGAGGUGGACGACGUUGACCUGGAGCUCCGACAGAAGUUUGAGAAAGCCAAACUGGGCCACGGUAAGAAAAUGAUCACGCCGUCAGACCACCGGCGCUUCAGUCUGCCUUCAAGUAACCUGGACCGGGUGCGACUCAGUGACUUCCACUUCCUGGCCCUGCUGGGGAAGGGCAGCUUUGGCAAGGUCAUGUUGGCAGAGACGAAGUCGACAGAGGAGCUGUACGCCAUCAAGAUCCUGAAGAAAGACGUGGUGAUCCAGGAUGAUGACGUGGAAUGUACGAUGAUAGAGAAGAGGGUCCUGGCCCAGAGAGACAAACCACCUUUCCUCACGCAGCUCCACUCCUGCUUCCAGACUGUGGAUCGACUCUACUUUGUGAUGGAGUACAUUAACGGAGGAGACCUCAUGUAUCAUAUCCAGCGCGUGGGCAAGUUCAAGGAGCCACAGGCAGUGUUUUAUGCUGCAGAGAUUGCUGUCGGUUUGUUCUUCUUGCACCGAAAGGGAAUCAUCUACAGGGAUCUGAAGCUCGACAACGUGAUGCUGGACUCCGAGGGCCACAUCAAGAUAGCGGACUUUGGCAUGUGUAAGGAGAACAUGUAUGACGGCAUGUCCACACGCACCUUCUGCGGCACACCGGACUACAUCGCACCAGAGAUUAUAGCAUAUCAACCCUAUGGAAAAUCAGUGGACUGGUGGGCUUAUGGAGUUCUUCUGUAUGAGAUGCUGGCAGGACAGCCCCCGUUUGAUGGAGAAGAUGAGGACGAGCUCUUCCAGUCCAUCAUGGAGCACAACGUUUCUUACCCCAAAUCCAUGACAAAAGAAGCCGUGUCCAUCUGCAAGGGACUGAUGACCAAACAUCCGUCGAAGCGUCUCGGCUGCAGCCUAGAGGGGGAGAGGGACAUCAGAGAGCAGGCCUUCUUCAGACGCAUCGACUGGGAGCGCCUGGCCAACAGAGAGAUCCAGCCGCCCUUUAAACCCAAAGUGUGCGGCAAAGGAGCGGAGAACUUCGACAAGUUCUUCACGCGCACUCAGCCCGUGCUGACCCCGCCCGACCAGCUGGUCAUCGCCAACAUCGACCAGAGCGAGUUCGCCGGCUUCUCCUACGUCAACCCUCAGUUCCUGCAUCCAUCCCUGCACAGCGUGGUAUGAGGAAGGCCUGGAGAAAUGGAAAAAUCACGGACUGUCAGUAAAAAUACAGGACCCUUCCAAACUCCAACCGACGUCCCCGCUGUCAACAGACUCGUAUCAUUCUCUAAAGUGUUCUGUCUACUGGUUAUGGACAACUGCCCAAUGGAAUGACACGUACAGGAGAGAGGAGCUGUGGUGAAAUCAUGUUAAGUCUGAAGUGAGAGGAAAAAGAACAUGGCGCUGAUGUUUUUACAUCAUUUUCCCCCCGAAACAUCUCAUAUGACAUCUCUUUAUUCUUCACCGUUGUCUGUUUCUCAGCCUUUUUUCCCGUGUAUGAAUGUGUCCUGGUAUCAGUCGCUCUCUCAUUCAGAUAUGAAACAUGCAAGAUCCACGUCAUCCCACUUAUCCCCCCCCCCCAUCUUACUACGCAACAAGCUGCAAUGCACGACGAGAGCGGAACAUGAUUUUUCUGCUCUGUCCCGGCUUUAUCUAAUGCUCAACUGCUACACGUGUAAAUUAUAUUUAUAUACUCAACAAAGAGGUCGUGUCAGUACACAUGAGUGCCAAAGUGGAAGUGGGAGAACGCAUUUCUUGUGCAGUUGCUGAAGUCCUUGUAAAGGUUUCUCCCCUCUGCCCCCCCCCAGCAGUGUCAACAUAGCGAGACCCUCACACAGGGGGCGUUGAAAUUUUUUUCUUGUAGGACGUGGAACUCUUGAUCGCCGACGGUGCGUGAAAGCAGGAUUCAGGGGGUCAGGAAAUCAGAGAGACAGUAUUUUUCAAAUAUAAAGACGCUAUUUCCAUAUGCACACGGCAGAUCUCUGUUGCAUGCUUAUUUUCUGACUCGGUAUGAGCAGUAGACUCUAGGAUGCAGUACACGUCUGGUAUCAUUGUAAAUUUGAGUAUUAUGAUAUAAACUGUGUUGAUUGUCUUUUUUUUGUUUUUCGAGGAGUCUUAUCCUGUUGAGGCGAAAGAGUUUCCGUUCCUGUUUUUAUGUUCUGCUUAACUCAACUUGUAUGUCCCGUUGUAUGUCAACCUCUCUUCUCCCCUCUUUCUUUGUAAAUAGGUUUCAAAAAGAGAAGUCAUCUGCAGAUUUUAUACUACGAACUGAAUGUGCUUUUAUUACCGUAGAUGGUUUGGACAUUUCUAUGUUUAGAGGACCCCCCCC